CAACUCGCUGUGGAACCCGAAACGAGGGCAGAAGCGCUUAACGAUUACUACAGCGUAAUGAUCGGCAGAAAAGAGUUCGACGAACGUCUUGAAGAGUGGUUACAGACGGCUGAAAGGUCUCCAAAUGAAAUGUUAAUGUCCUCGCGAAGAGAAGAAAAUGUCGACGUUUUGGAACGUUACGCUACGCUUUCACGUGUUGAUUCUGGAAGCGCAAAGUCCAAAAGUUCGAGAGCUAGUUCACGGGUAAGUGAAAGGUCGAGAAAGGCAAAGGCUGAAUUACUUCGGCGAGAAGUAGAGCUUCGGAACUUGUUGAAGCGUCAAGAAAUGGAACGAAAAAUGGAACGUCAAAUUGCUGAGCUGAAAAUUCAAGAGGAUCAACUGAAACGUCGCAUCGCCUUAUCAAAGAUUGAAGAAGAAAUAGAGAAGGCCAAGGUGAUAGGCGAAUUUUAUGAAGGCUCAGAGUACUCAAAGUCUGCAUCGAAAGAAGAGAAAAAACCAUCUCACACAAGGGAAGCGCAUGACCCCAAUCUUUCCGCCACAAACCCAACUCUUCCAAACGGCAAACGGAAUCAAGUAGGGAGAACUUAUUCAAAAUCUGAGCUGAAUCCAACCGCCGAACCGUGGAACCCAGUCCCUACUCGGGUUGCUGUUAGUGGUGAGGAUCCCAUUGUUUCACAACGGUUACAACAAGUAUUGGGGCAGCAACAGGAAGCUCUGCAUCUAAUGGCUUACUCCCUCCAGCAAGCACUUCAAAUGCCCAAAAGAGAGCUUCUCACUUUCGAUGGCAAUCCUCUGAAUUACUGGUUGUUCAUCAAAAACUUCGAGGUCAAUAUUGCCAAAAGGGUUCCAGAUGCCGAGUCAAUACUCACGUACCUCAUCGAGCAGUGGACAGGAAACGCUAAAGAAGCCAUCAAAGAUUGCUCUAUAGUCUUCCCACCUGAACAUGGUUACGAAAAUGCCAAGGACAUCUUGCACCGUAGAUUUGGUCAAAAACACGUCAUUGCGCAUGCACACAUAGAGAAGAUAGUAAAUGGCCCUCAGAUAAAACGUACAGAUAUUGUUGGUCUAUCAGAUUUGUCCGUUCAGAUGCAAAAUUGUGCGUUAACACUUAUCCAGAUGGGUUACGAAGCUGACAUAAAUAGCUCCGACAAGCUGGUGAAGAUCGUGAAGCGCCUACCAGUGCACUUACAGUCUAAAUGGGCUGACGAAGCCGGUAACUUGACUUUGUCGGGAAUUGAGCCUACUUUCUCCCAUUUGGCGAAGUUCGUUGAAGGGAAGGCUAUGCUGGCUAACACGAUGUAUGGAGAGAUAGUUGGAUCAGCACCAGACAGAGAGCGGAGCACUAGGCAAUCGCCCAGAGGAAAAACCGCUGAUCGAGUCAGAGGAAAAACUUAUACGACGCAAACCGGAGCCGACGAUGGACCCGUGCCGAACAUAAUUCCUCCUGUUUUGAAUUGUCCCAUGUGUUCUGGUCAGCACAGACUUGCUAAGUGCGAGCUAAUGAGAGCAAAGAGCCCCGAAGAACGGAAAAGCUUUGUUAGACGAGCUAGGCUGUGCGACAAUUGUUUUGGAAGCGGUCAUAUGGCCAGUGACUGUAGAAGCAGAAUGAAAUGUCAAGUAAAUGGUUGUGGAUGGAAACACCACACGAUGCUGCAUCUAGUUCGAAGGAAAAACAACAAUGACACUGAUGGCUGCACCCCCUUGCAGCACGAACCUACUGAUACUAGGGAAAGGAAUGGUACCAGUAUCGUCGCCGGGGCCGGGGAGUCAGGUCGUUGUAGCAAGACAGAGUCUGGUAAGAAAACCGUUCGUUUAAGAAUUGUUCCAGUCGUCGUGAAAGGGAAGGAUCAGGAUAACGCAGUUGUGACAAAUGCGCUUCUGGAUCCUGGCUCGGACGUUACGUUAUGCGAUAUGAGUCUGAUGGAGAAACUUCAAGUUAUUGGCCGUCCUAAGGAAUUCUCAUUAGCAACCGUAAAUGGCGCAUCCAACACUCCAAAGGGAUUCGAGUUGUCUUUGUCUGUCCGAGGAUUGCAAAUGCAGGAAGAAAUCGUAUUAGAUAGAGUCUGGACAGCGGAUACGUUGUGUUUACCUCAGGGUAGUCCACCAACAAAAGAAGAUACUGCUGGGUGGCCUCAUCUGAAAGGAAUAGUCUUCCCGAGAGCACAAUCUGAUGAGGUGUCGGUCCUCAUUGGCAGCGAUGUUCCGGAAGCUCAUUGGGUGUGCGAUCAAAGGCGUGGCAGGCGUGGUCAACCUUAUGCUGUGUGUACCCCGCUUGGAUGGACAUUAAUGGGACCAUUGAGCUCGUGUGAUAGAGAUUGCUUUAGUGUGAACGUUGUCCGCCAUGACGACGAAACGCUUCAUCAACAAAUGGAGAGCAUGUUUAGGAGUGGCUUUAACGAGUCUAUGAUCUCUUCUAAGGUUGCAAUGUCGGUCGAAGAUAAAAGAGCACUGUCGCAAAUGGAAAAUUCGGUGAAGCUCGUGAAUGGCCACUACCAGUUGGGGUUGCCAUGGAAGUGCAAGCUAGUAAACCUCCCGAACAAUCGUGAAUAUGCAUUAGGAAGAUUGAGAUACUUGCAGAAAAGAUUUCAGCGUCACCCUCGCCUCUUCGAGCAAUACAAGGACACUAUUAGCGGUUAUGUCUCCAGCGGCUACGCAAGACGAGUUCCUUGUAACGAAGAAAUGGCUGUGAAGUGCCUACCAGUUUGGUAUUUACCCCACCACCCAGUGUUUCACCCUCAGAAACCAGGGAAGGUGAGAGUCGUGUUUGACUGUGCUGCCAAGUUUAAAGGCACUUCCCUGAAUGAUCAACUUCUUCAAGGUCCAGACCUAACGAACGGACUCCUGGGUGUCAUCAUACGUUUUCGCCAAGAGCCUGUAGCCAUGGUCGCGGAUGUGGAAGGCAUGUUUCACCAAGUGCGGGUUGCGCCCGAUGAUUGUCAUGCUUUAAGAUUCUUAUGGUGGCCAAACAAUGAUCUCUCCAAAGAGCCAGUCGAUUACCAGAUGUUAGUGCACUUGUUCGGAGCCAAGUCGUCUCCAAGUUGCGCAAGUUUUUGCCUGAAGAAGACGGCCUCGGAUAAUCAGAGCGAAUUUGAUGUGGAAACCAUUAAGACCCUCAACCGGAAUUUUUAUGUAGACGACUGCCUUAAGUCUGUGCCUACGACUGACAAAGCGGCACGCUUGUCUGGUCAGCUACGCGAAUUGUUGUCAAGAGGAGGGUUCCGGCUUACCAAAUGGAUUAGUAACGACAGGAAUGUAAUCGCCACUGUUCCAGUAACGGAGAGGGCUCCCUGUGUGGUCAACUUGGAUUUGGAGGACCUCCCUGUAGAACGCACUUUGGGGGUGCAGUGGGCUAUGGAGACGGACACCUUUAAUUUCCGAAUAAUGGACGAAGGAAAGGCGCCCACACGUAGAGGAAUCUUGUCAGUUGUA